AAAAAAAAAAAAAAAAAAGGAGAAAGGAGUCAGGUGUGCGUAAACGGAGCAGUGUAUGGAAUUUACGCAACAGACACGGAAGAGGAAUUUUUUACGUAUUUUUGUUGGAGAAACAUCCGAGGGGAUGGGCCAGGUUCUUGGGAAACGCUACCUCUGUGUAGUUGCUAUUCGUGCUGAGGUUCGGGAGUUGUCCGGCUGAUGGCACACACAGGCUGUCGACUACAACGCGUGAAACGUAGGGGGGGGGGGAUCGUCAAACCAGAGGCGCUGCUAUCAUCUGUGAAAUAGAAAUCAUCAUGUCGAGUUCCGACGGGGGGACAUGGAAAAAGUCCCACUCUCACUGGACUGCCACAGCCGACGACGUGUUGUAAAUACGCCGAGAAACCAAGCCGUCAGAUACCGGCGGCUUAAAAAAAAAAAAAACCCCACCGUGUAUUUGAUUACGCUCUUUGAUGGCAUGUAGCCUGUCGUGUUUGCCUGACACCCGGCAGAUUAACGAGGACGCUCCUGCUCUUUCACGUCUUCUCCGGCUCCAUUCAUGCUGCAGUUGUAAUGACGUCUGUGGGGUUAUUAUAAAUCUGUUGGAGACACGCUUGUGAAUUCAUCCUCCAAAACCCAUUGCCCGGUGCCGGGGAAAGCGAGGCUGAACGCUGGCUGCAGUCGAAGGGAUAUGGGAGAGCGAGCGGAACCGAUGCAUUGGGUCUUGACGGGGCAUCGUCAAAAAUCAGGGCAGUGAUGCCUGGCAUGGUGAUGUUUCGGCGGCGCUGGUCAGUUGGCAGUGAUGACCUGGUGCUGCCCGCCCUCUUCCUCUUUCUAUUACACUGCAUAUGGUUGGUGGUUCUGUCCGUGGUUCUGUUCGGCCUCCCGUAUGGUUCAGACCAGUCCUGUUCUGUAACGCUGGUGGACCAUGGCCGAGGGUACCUGGGCAUCCUGGUUAGCUGCCUUAUCUGUGAGAGCGCCAUCAUGUGGCUGAGUAUGAGAGGCAGUAUUCUGUACACACAGCCCAGGGAAGCUGUGCAGUACGUCCUCUACAUACGGCUCGCUAUUCUAUUGGUUGAGCUAGUAUAUGCAGUUGUAGGAAUCACCUGGCUUGUCCAGUACUAUCAGCCCUGCUCUGAUGUCACUGCCAAAAACCUGGCUUUGGGAAUUGUUGCAUGCAACUGGCUAGUGAUAUUCAGCGUCUGCAUUACGCUCAUGUGCACCUUUGACCCAACGGGUCGGACUUUUGUCAAACUGAAAGCCACCCGUCGGCGUCAGCGCAACCUCACUACCUACACACUCAGACACAGGCUAGAGGAAGGCCAAGCUAGCAGCUGGAGUAGGAGGCUCAAGUUCUUCAUGUGCUGCACCAGAGCCCAGGAUACACAAUCAGAUGCGUAUUCAGAAGUGGCCAGCCUUUUUGCAGAGUUUUUCAGAGACCUGGACAUAGUGCCUAGCGAUAUUAUUGCUGGCCUGGUACUUCUCCGCCAGAGACAGAGGUCUAAGAGAUCUUCCAUCCUGGACCAGGCCAACAAUGACAUAUUAGCCUUCUUAUCUGGGAUGCCUGUCACUCGUAACACAAGAUACCUGGACCUCAAGAACUCGACUGAGAUGGGCAUGUACAAGGAUGUGUGUUACUACAUGCUCUUUGCCCUGGCUGCGUAUGGGUGGCCCAUGUACCUAAUGAGGAAGCCUGCCUGUGGACUGUGCCGCCUCGCAAGCUCCUGCCCCUGCACGUCGGUGUCUGGCUCUCGGAUGUCUCAGUCUGUGACAGUGGAGGAGGACAAUUGUUGCGGCUGUAAUGUUCUGGCCAUACGCAGACACUUCCUUGACAGGGACCUCAAGCAGGUUCAAAUUGUCUACACAUCCUGCCACGAUGCAGUUUAUGAGACUCCAUUUUUUGUGGCAGUGGAUCAUGCCAAAAAGAAGGUUGUCAUCAGUAUCAGAGGAACCCUUUCACCAAAGGACGCCUUGACUGAUCUGACAGGGGAUUCUGAGCGUCUGCCUGUAGAAGAGCAGCACGGGACCUGGCUUGGUCACAAGGGGAUGGUUUUCUCAGCAGAAUACAUUAAGAAGAAGCUGGAGCAGGAAAUGAUCUUGUCACAGGCUUUCGGCAGAGACUUGAGCAAAGGCACCAUGCACUAUGGCCUGGUGAUAGUCGGGCACUCCCUCGGUGCAGGCACUGCUGCUAUCCUCUCCUUCCUGCUGAGGCCUCAGUAUCCCACCCUACACUGCUACUCUUACUCCCCACCUGGUGGCCUUCUUAGUGAGGAUGCCAUGGAGUACUCCAAGGAGUUUGUCUCAUCGGUGGUAUUAGGAAAAGAUCUGGUACCAAGGCUUGGCCUGUCACAAUUGGAGGGUUUCCGACGCCACCUUCUGGAAGUCUUACAGAAAAGUAACAAGCCAAAGUGGAGAAUAAUUGCGGGAGGCACCAAAUGCAUCCCAAAAUCAGAGCUUCCCGUAGAGGACGAGGAUCCUCAGUCUCAGCCAGCAGCGCCCCCCAGCAGUCGCCUCUGGCUCCACCCCAGUGACCUCAGCAUCGCCCUUUCAGCCUCCACCCCCCUCUACCCUCCUGGCAAGAUCAUCCAUGUGGUGCACAACCAUCCUCCAGAGACAUUCUGUGGCCAGGAGGAGCCAACCUACUCUGCUCUAUGGGGGGACAACAAGGCCUUUGAUGAGGUCAUCAUAUCGCCGGCCAUGCUUAAUGAGCACAUGCCCCACAUGGUGAUGGAGGGCCUAAACAAGGUGCUGGAGAACUACAACAAAGGGAAAACUGCUUUGCUGUCAGCAGCCAAGAUCAUGGUGAGCCCCACAGAAGUGGACUUGAACCCAGAGACCAUUUUCAUGGACGCAUCAACGAAUUCCCAUCAGCCGACGCCUACAACCCACCACCGCAGGAACAGUAGUGUUCGACAAAAACCAUUGUCACGUUCAUGUGCCCAGUCUGAAAUAUCUCUGGAUGGUUUCUCUGAGUGCCCUCCUCCCCCAGUGCCUGUUGUGCUGCGUGGUGCACGUGAGCGCCUGACAGUGGAGCUUAGGGACCGCAAAGCACCGCUGGCCGUCAUGGAGAGUCUCUCAGACGCUGAAUCCCUCUAUAGUCUGGAUUCCCGGCGCUCCUCAGCUGCGCUAAGGGGUUCACCGAUGCUGAGUUGCCUCCCAUUCCCAUUGGAUGCCCCGAUCCCAGAGGAGAACCCAUCUCUCAGCUCUCGCACUGAACUAUUAGCUGCCGACUGCCUCUGCCAGGAAACGCCAGAGCACCUGGGUGAGGUCGGGCCCUUCUUUUGCCCCCUGGAAUCCACCCCAGAAUAUUCCAUGCGGCUGUCUCCUGCCACCCCGCGCUACAGUGGACACCAUUCCCCAGCUCUGCUUGACCAGAGCAUCCCGGCUCAGCCUUUGAAGCCAGAGCUUAACGCCAACCCAAAAAUGCUUCCUGAUGGAGAUCACCAGGAGAUUCCUGGUGUCUACAGCCCGGGAAGCACUCCGAAUGCUCCCCUCAGCCCACAGAUUAGUUCUAGACAAACGAAUAGAGAAAAAGAAGACUGGGAGAUGGAUAUAUCUGAGAAACAGUUAGGUGCAGAGACAGGACCAGCAGCUUCGUCUCCUCCACCACAACUUUCAAAUGGAAACCCCAGCCAGGCGGUGCUGGAGUUUGCCCAGUAUUUAGACUCUCUUUUCAGAUUGGAUGGCAGCAGCUCUCCGCCUCUUGACCUGUCUGACGGGGAGUCGGAGUCAGGAAGGGGCUCCCUCGGACAGGGGGAGGGUCUGGGAGAUGGACAGCUACUGGAUGACAGACAACUUCUUGCCAGAGCAACACUGGAGCCUAACCUCGUCCCUAAGCCCCCACGCACUUUUGCUGGAUCUGCCGACCCUUCUUCGGGCAUCUCUUUGUCCCCUUCCUUCCCCCUCUCAUCGUCUGAGGAGCUCAAUGACCUUUCGCCGGGCGAGGGUACCCUGCCAGCCAUUCACUCCCUACGAACAUCUCCCCCUUGCCACUGUCCUGAAGAGAACACACUAUCCUCUAUGGUGUAAUGUGCUCACCGGAUUCCAGUGUCCUUUGCUCUGAAUUGAGAGGUGCAGUCAUCAAAUUUCAAAACAUAUCACAGUAUAUGCAUGCCGUGGAAUGCAGUCACUCAUUAAUAUCUGAUGACAGAACUCGACUGAACAACUUACAAACUAUUUCCCAUUUUCAGGUCUGUCCUUCAAACGCUGUUGAUAGCAUUUUCACACUAUUGCAAUGACUGAGAUAAAAAAAAAAGAUACCUCUCUCUGCAUGCCAGGGGGCUAUUCUGCUUUUGGGUGAAAAUAAAUAAUUGUAGCUUCACAUUGCCAUUCCAAAACAAUGUUGUCUCACCAACUUUGGGACACAUCAGCAGCAUUACAUCAAUUCCCUGAUGUCACAACAUCGGGGAAUCGAACAGUUACGUGAGCAGGGAAUACAAAACACUCCAGAGAGAGGUUAGUAUCGGCACAUCAUCUGGGUUGAUGUACCAUUUCACUUUUUUGCACCCUCAGCAGCUCCAGUUUUUAUUUGAGUUUUCUUUUUUUUUUCUUUAAAUCAGGAAUGUGAAGAUCGACAUACUUGUCAAUCAUACGAAUGAGAAGAUAUUAUGAAAUGUUCCUCAGGUCUAUAAAGAGUUGACUUUGAGAAAGAGAGUAAGUGUGUUACAUUGGUGAGAAAUCAUGUGUCUUAAAAAUGUAGUGAUUGUGACAAAGUUAUUACAGACGCCUAUGGAUGUUUUUGAGUCUUUCGGUUACUCUUUAUAGUGCAUGACGGUUUUUUUUUCCCUUUAUUUUUAAAGAGAAGCCACUAAGAUUAACAUUUAGAUACUCUUGCACACAUAAUUUUGCUCAAUAAACCCCCCUUUGCCAAAAAAAAAAAUACAUUGUAUUGCCAAAUGUAUUUAUGAGAUGUAAUUUUGUAUAUGUAUAUGGAUAUUGCUUUAUAUAAACCCAAGCUACGUUCAAUAUCUCCUUCCCUCACCAUCCUGUUGGUUCCCAUAUAGACUGUUACAAAGCAACACCACAGAAAAGAUGCCAUCCUAACCUUAAAACACUGCCGUGGCUUUCAUUUUCACAACCCAACCUCUGGAGCUUGGGUUUACAUCAAUAAUGAACUUCCUAUUAGUUCUAGUCUCAUAACUACUCUACCUUUCUCUUUAGGGAGCUCCUAGCAAUUUGCCCGGGUUAGGGUCUGCAUGCUUUAUGCAUUUCAGAGUAGCAUGGCCGGUAUAGAACAAGUUUUAUCAUUGCGUCACAGUGAAUAAGCUCUAAUCUUAUCCAGAAAUAAAGAUAUAUGUGAACUUCUGAGAGGCUAAAAAAUAAAGCCUGUGUCCACAGACAGGACCAAACUGCGUCCCAGGAUAUUGUUUCUCUUGUUCUCAAGGUGCUCACAGUCAUCAUGGACGUCAAGGUGUUUGCUUCCCUUUAAUGUAGUUCAUCUCAAAUAUUAUUGAGGUUGAACUGAUCGAAUAAACGGGCUGGAACAUCAUGGAUGCUAAUUUUUAACCAAUUUAUGGCAAAAAAAACAAUCUUCCAUAUCACUCUGGGUGUAACAGGUGGCUCACAAUUUGUAUUAUUUAUUACCUUUAAUGUUAUCACUUUUAUUGCUAUAUUUGAUGGUAUUAAUAUCCUUAUUGCUCUUGCAACAGAUUGGUUUGAUGUCAGUGGUUUUUAUCUAAGUUUUUUUGGGACAGCGUGGAGAACUUUUUAGACUUUCCCAAAUGUAAGGAGUUCUAUAUUUCAGCUUUUUUUCUGUCCGAGUUUAAAACGUAUUUGACAUUCUUCCAUGGCAUGAUGACAAUAUGUUCUUUUUACAAAUGUUUCAUUUUUGGUGAGACAGGCUGCAUAGCGACAGCCUACUCACAGCGACCUCUGGUGAAACGCCACCGUCAAGUCUGGAGUCACCAUAGUGAUCUGCAUGGUCUCUGUACUUGGAAUAAGAAUGCCUGUGGUUAGUCACAGCAGACACUUCCAGCCAGUUUUUAGACUGACACUACUCACAUCAUGCUGCCAGUCCUAGUAGACUCUCACAGGAUAAACUGGUUGGGCCAGCAAAUUUUCUACAUUUCCAGUAGCUUUGCUUGCAGCAGGUCAUACACUAAAACUGCUGAAAGAAGCACUAUAAAACUUUCCACCAUAAUGUGUACAGCACCAUCUUAAUGUAAUUAUUUAUGCAGAUGUCAAAAAAGGUGAAUUCCAAUAGAGUCAUGUAGAACUAUAUAUCAAUAAAGAGAUAAUGACUUAAGAUAAAGAUAUCAGUAUUGCCAUAUAAAGAAAAAAAUCCAUCUGAAAGUUAUUUAUUCAAACUAUUGGCAGAUUUAUAAAUUGGUCUAUAUUGAUAGAGGAAUAAUCCAAUGAUGUCUUGUCCAUGUUUACCUGGUUUGCUUCCCUUCCUCUCCUGCUCCAAAAUGCGAAUGUAUUUUAUCCCUCCCCCAAACUGCCCUGCCUGUAAUUGAAUAAACUGCAAACUAUGAAAGUAAAAAUAUA